CUUCGACCGUCGACACUAGAGAUGCCUGCAUAUCACUCGACGCUCAACGAGCUGCAGUCGCAGGAGGCGUGCGGAUGCGCCAUACUCCCAAUUAAGACGCGUGCACGAGGACCGGCACCGCCGGCACCCGAGGGCCAGGACGACAUCGUGGACGAGAUUCUCACGCUCUUCCGUGCUAACGUGUUGUUCACCAACUUCGAGAUCAAGGGCAACGCGGACCGCGUGCUCAUUUAUGGCACCCUCUUCGUGCACCUUUGCCUUAAGAAGCUGGACCGAUGCACCAACAAGGCGGAUGCCACACGCAUCCUGCAGCAGACGGCGGUGGACACUUUCGUUAUCCCUGGCGACUCUAGCUUCCCACUGGGAGGAUUGGUGCGCGCACCAUCGAGUGCGAACGAAGCAGAAACUAUUCGUGGAUUCUUUAAGCAACUACGCGAAGCUAUUGCCUUCCGCCUGGUCGAUGAGGUCUUUCCGAACGGGGAGAAGAGCAAAUGGUGGAUGUUCUUCGCCAAGCGAAAAUUCAUGAACAAGGAGCUGUCGCGUUAGAGUGCUGUUGGCGAAGGCUCAGCCGCUGAAGUACAAUCUCGUCACUAAUGCAGAAAACAAUUACGCACUGGGGAGGGUGGGCUGGUUCUGGGAUUUUAACGGUCAGAUCGGCCAACGGUGAGCAAGAAAACUCUUGUUUCGCCAUUUUGAGGUGGAAUUUUACUGGCCAAACCAAGACAGUACAGACUUCGUUGCUUGCUCCUUCUUUCUCAAGUUGUUUUACCACGUAUAUAUGCUUCUCUCCUGUUUGCCAUCACCUCGCUAUGCUCACGCAAAAGUGGCCGCCAUCUCAGAGAAGCCCCGGUCCAACAUCACGAAGUUUUCAAGCCACGAACUUGACGGCGCGACCUGCUGUAGCUGCACGAUGUACUGGUGCGUGGGUUUGCUCAAAUGAGCACUGACUGCAAUCAGGUUGAUCAACGUGUCCUCAUUACUAGGGUCCUUCUGGACGGCUUCAAGCAGCAGUCGCUCGGCCUCAAUGUAGUUCUUGAGCGCCAUAAAGGCCGCUGCAGCGCCAUUCAGCAGCAGAGGAGUGGAUCCAAACCUGUCUGCAAGUUCUUGAAAGUGCAGCGUGGCCUCGUCAGCCUUGUCGCCGCCCUGCAGCGUCAAACACCAGGCCUGUGCCAGCUGCGUGAGCGUCGAGUCUUCCUCAAUGCGCUUCAUCUCCUGCACAGUCUUCUGAGCCAGGUCCAAUCGGUCCAUCUGAAGGUAUAAGUGCACAAUGUACAGCAUAUGCUCGAGCGAGCCGCCGCGGGUUAACGCCGACAGCGCAUCCGAGAGUUUGCCUUCGCGUGCGUAGAUCUGGCCGGCGAUCAGCAACAGGUGCGCGUUCUCACCGCUCGUGGGGUCGGCCAGCCACUCCUUGAGCGUCAGAUCAAUCAUUUCCUUGUCACUCUGACCACUGAGGUACGUAGCCCAGAGCUUUACAGCGCUCAGCGCAAUGGGUGUAUUGCCGGCGUCCGGGAUGCUCUGGAGCACAAGGGGAAAGUUGCCUAGCGCUAAUUGCGCGCGGUAUACGUAUACGUCGCGCUCGUUGCGCAGCGCCUCGCCCACGUGGUUGAGCAUGGUACCCUCGCUCAGCGUGUUCUGGAAGUUGCCCACCCAGAGCUGAUUCUUUAGCGUGAAGAGCUCAUCCGGUUCGGCCAUAUCUGUCUGCUACUUGGAGAUCGU